AUGGCUUCUGCUCACCAAAAAGAUAUUCCUACUCGAGGAAAGUACCUCGAGUUUGGCGGGGAGCUAAAGAAGCUAUUUCCUCAAGCACAGGAUUGGGUUAACUUGAAUCAUGGAUCUUACGGAACAAUGCCGCUCGAAAUCAAGCAAAAGAUGCGGGAUUACCAGGACAUGUCCGAGGCAGCUCCAGACAAGUUCAUCCGGUAUGAUGUGGGUAAACUCCUCGAUGAAUCUCGUGAAGCCGUGUCGAAAAUUGUCAACGCACCCACCGACACGGUGGUAUUCGUUAGUAACGCCACGGAGGCUGUCAACACCGUGUUUCGCAACAUCAAGUGGAACGAUGACGGGAAAGACGUCAUCGUCUUCUUUUCGACCAUAUACCCUGCCUGUGCGAAGAUUGCGGACUACAUGGUCGACUACUUUGGCGCGAACCGAGUCGGCAUUCACGAAAUCUCACUCAACUACCCAUUGGAAGAUGAAGAAAUUCUUCAGCGGUUCCGUGAUGCCGUGUCAGAGAUUGAAAAGGAAGGCAAAAGAGCUCGUAUCUGUACAUUUGAUGUUGUUUCCUCAAACCCUGGACUUGUGUUUCCAUGGGAAGAGAUGUGCAAAGUGUGCAAGGAGCUCGGCGUGUUAAGCAUGGUGGACGGCGCCCAGGGCAUCGGAAUGGUACCGCUGGAUCUCACUGGGGCCGACCCCGACUUCUUCACUUCCAACUGCCACAAGUGGCUCCACGUGCCCCGAGGCUGUGCGAUUCUGUACUGUCCCCCGCGCAACCAGGACAUGAUCUCGACGACUCUGGCGACAAGCCAUGGGUACACAUCCAAAACGACCAUUCGACGCAAUCCGCUGCCGCCAAACAACAAAAGCCCAUUCGUCAGAAGCUUUGAGCUCGUGGCAACCAAAGACCGAUCACAAGAUAUCGUGACCAAGGAUGCCGUCGCCUGGCGCAGGGAUGUCUGCGGCGGCGAGGAUCGCAUCAUGGCCUACCUGUGGGAUCUGAACAAGAAGGGCAGCAAGUAUGUGGCGGAGCAGCUGAAGACUGAAGUGUUGGAGAAUAAAAAGGGCACGCUGACCAACUGUGCCAUGGGUAAUAUUGCGCUGCCCAUCUGGAUUGGGGAAAAGGGCGCCGGUGCGCAGGAUGGCGAUACUGUGCUGCCCGAGGAUGAUGCUGUAAAGACAGGCCAGUGGAUGAUGAAGAUUAUGAAGGACGAGUAUCGUACCCUGAUGCCGUUGUUCGCGAUGGGAGGUAGAAUCUGGGUACGCAUCAGCGCGCAAAUCUAUCUCGACAUGAAGGAUUACGAGUUUGCUGCCAAGGUUCUCAAGGAGUUGGUUGCGCGGGUUGCCAAAGAGGAAUACAAGGACUAG